CGAGACACUCCGAAUAAGCCAACCAGAGGCCGAGCAGGGGCGGGUCGUGCUGCGAAGAGGAGGAGGCGUCACUUCCUGUCCUGCGCAGCAGCGACGGGACUCCAACAUGGCGUCGGCGGCGGAGAAGUCAACGAAAGAGCGGUUGCUGGCUGUGGUGGAGGAUUUAGAGGUUCUCUCCCGGGAGCUGAUCGAGAUGCUGGCUCUGUCCCGGAGCCAGAAGCUGCCUCAGCCCGGAGAAGACGUCCAGGUCCUGCAGCUGCUGGUGCAGAGGGACCGGGAGUACCAGGAGCUGAUGGAGGUGGCUCAGCAGCAGGGGACGGUGCACCAGGAGAUGCAGCUGCUGGAGAAGGAGGUGGAGAAGAGAGACAGCGACAUCCAGCAACUCCAGAAGCAGCUGAAGGAGGCCGAGCACAUCCUGGCCACUGCUGUUUACCAGGCGAAGGAGAAACUCAAAUCUAUUGACAAAGCCAGGAAAGGAAGUAUCUCAUCAGAAGAAAUCAUCAAGUAUGCUCACAGAAUCAGCGCCAGUAACGCCGUGUGUGCUCCUCUCAACUGGGUUCCAGGUGAUCCACGCAGACCGUACCCGACUGACCUGGAAAUGCGCAGCGGGAUGCUGGGUCACAUGGCCAACAUGCCGACCAAUGGCGUGAACGGACAUCUGCCUGGUGAUGCUCUGGCUGCUGGAAGGUUACCAGACGUCCUGACGCCUCACUACCCCUGGCAGUCCUCAGACGUCUCCGUGGGAAUGCUGCCUCCUCAUCACGGCAACGACUUCGGCCUAGAGCCCCCUGGUCAUAACAAGGAGAACGAGGACGAUGUGGAGGCCAUGUCGACAGAUUCCUCCAGCAGCAGCAGUGAUUCUGACUGAGUGUGUGUGUGUGUGUGUGUGUGUGUGUGUGUGUGUGUGUGUGUGUGUGUGUGCGUGUGCGUGUGCGUGCGCGUGCGUGUGCGUGUGCGUGCGUAACUGGUCAAACCUCUUCACCUCUGGUCAUUAAAUUAAAGUUGAGACUCCAACAUGUUAAAUCACAUGAGACCAAAAGCCUCUUUGUGACGAAGCAGCUGUAGCUUUAUAUUUGCUGCACAGUUCAGAGACGGAACCUUCUGAACCUGGACUGGGUGAGGAAGUCCAACUGCUCCUGUAAAGAGCUUCAGAGACGUUAGCUUCCUACAAACCAGAGCAUCUUAAUGUCCUCUGUUAUUUUUCUGUUUGUAUUGUUUAGACAGUUUGGUUUAAAGUGAAUGGAAACCAAGUGAGUCCUCUUAUCGUUUUCAUGAACAGAAUCAGUCUGAUGUUCCUCUGGAAAGAAGAUGAGGUCAGUCCGACUGACGUCAGGUUCCAGGUCUGUUCACUGCAGCCUGUGUGUUCUUAGUAUGAUACAGAUACAUGGUGUUAUUUUACCUUGGUGUAAAGAAUCCUGUACAUACUCCUCCCUGUAAAUAAAUCCUACUUUUUAAAAUG